UAUUUUUUUAGAGAUGUGAGAAAAUGUUACUGGCCUUAUUUUGUCAUCCAGAUAGCAUGCCAUUCCAUGACAAAGUUAGCAAGGCGGUAAGUUCUGGUUAGGGUAUUGUGUUUUUGGAGAUAGGGUUACCUGGUAAACAAUACAGUUUUUUUUACAAUCUCUCACGAAAAUUCUUCAUCGAAGUUGACCGAGACCUUACUAGCUAGCGCACGACAUUAUUCCUUCGUCCGACGUGGUUGACAUAUUUUCAUUUUAGUGAUAUUUUCAUGUCUCGAUGAUAUUUACUACAACCUUCGCUCAACGAUCGGCUAAGUUUUAGCCAAACCCCCUUACAGAUGGAUUUUGCGUUCAAGUUCGAAAAAUCCAUCUACAAAAAAUCCACUAUUAGUUCCAUCAAAUCUCGAACCCUGAGCCUGCUAUCCCUGUGGUUGCUCAGCAGUAAAUUUAGUUGGAACUAUACUAAAUAUAGUUCAUCGUAUGAUAAUGCUGCACUGUUGUUGUUCUACAGUUUUGUUAUUGGCAUAUUAAUAUCAGAAUGGUGUACUGAUGUAAUAUGAAAAGCGAAGGAAAUAACUUAAUAGUUUAUUAAAGUUCUGCUGUGUGUUUCAUAGAUAUGUUUAAACAUGAUACACUAAGGGAGAUAAACUAUGUUUGAAUCGGAGAUAUAGCCGCUGGAGGAAACGAAUUUUCAGUGUCCGAAUAAUUUCUCUCAUAUCUCUGAGGAUGGUUCUAAAACAGAAAUGAAACACUGCGCGUCCUUAAGACAAUAGUCAAAUCGUCACGAAAAUAUUUCGUUCACUUAAAUUGGCAAACUCGGCAUCAAUCCCCGUUUACGCGACAGCUCAAUGGGUUAAGGGUGGACGAGAAACUGGAAGAUGCAAGUUGGAAUCCCGCUUGAGCCAACGGAUGUCUCUGCAGUGUCAGAAUAAUGUGAAACUAGUUUUACCCCAUUGCCCUUAUCAUGCAUGUGUAUUUAGUGCCUCGGAAUAGGAGGGACUUUUUAGAGCGAUGUGCUUAAUAGAGAUGGAGUUUCAGUCGAAAGGGGGGCUUAUUAUAGUUCAAUUAACCGAAAAACAGGAAGUUAAGAUUAAUUAUUAACCUUAUUAACUAUCGUUUUGAUGACGUCAGGAGGGGGUUAACUUUAUAAAAAUUACGCUUAAAUUACUAAAAUUACUUAAUCUAAAGUAAAUUUCAACGAGUUUCGGUUUCAUAUUGAUCACUGGGUUGACCCAACAUUGUGUUGACCCCACUUGUCACGUAAUAUGCAUCUCUUCAAAAUCCAAAACAGCUCAUUGCUUUCAGUCAUAAUAUUUCAAGUAUCAAGCAAGAUAUGAAAAUGUGCAACAAGAUUUAAUAGUUUUAAAUGUUCUUUCAAAUGAGACAGUAAAAUAUUUUGUUGCCAUUCCUUUAAUAAAUGUCCACCUCUAUAAAAGAGGAGUCCUUAUAGAGUGGGGAGAUUUUAAAAGGAUUUGUCCUAUAUGAAUAGGCCCUUUUCAAUCCAAUCGCGUGCAAAUUUGUCUUACUUUUCUACCUUACUAUAUUGAUUUAGGUUCCGAACUACUACAAAAUCAUUCAGAAGCCAAUGGAUCUUACUUCGAUCAAAACAAAACUUCAACCAAUGCAUUUUGAACAUUACAACACCGUGAAUGAUUUUAUUACUGAUUGCAAGCUGAUUUUUGGCAACUGUGCGCUUUUUAAUGAUGUAAGUAUUUAUUUAUUGUUCACUUUCCUUUUGUUGGGUAUUCCUAGCACUAAUACUCUGACCAGCCAUAUAUAACAGUGCCGUAUACACAGACUAUUUGGGCAGACUGGCGAGCGACGGCAUUCAAUCGCCGAAGGCGCUUAAAGCCUCUAGGAGUUCCAUUGGUAUAUGCCAUCUCUAAAGCGAAAAUUUUAGAUAUUUAUACUGUAAUAACUGUAUACUAUACAGUAUAUGUUACAGAAUGGCCCUUUUAACGAGCCCCAAGUUCUCGACUUUGGGGUACUGCAAUCAUUUUUGGGAAACGAAAACCAGUUCCUCUUUACUACUAACUCCUAUACACCCAAACCAACCCCCAACUCAAAGUAGUUUGCAAACAUCGGUGUCAUUGGUGUCAGUAGUUUGCGGAAACCUUUUGAACAUCAAUGUUAUAAAUGUUGAUGUGUAAGAACUAUUUUACUCAAAAUUUAAAAAGUUACAGAUAUAUUUUCAAUAUUUUGCACAAUUUCACAUGUUUGUACAAAAUCCAUUUCCAGGUUAUAAUUAAUAGCUUCAUUUGCUCUUAGUGUUUUAUUCAUGUAAUAUCAUUUUAUCGUUAAUCUGAUGCAGCGUAUUAAAGUAAAAAAAUCUGCCCAGGCGCCAUGGGGGCCGGGGCAAAUUACAGGAAUUUCCAUAGACACUCCAUACCAUUUAGCCUUAACCUGCCAGAAAUACGAAGAAUUAAAAACAAUUCUAUAAGAACAAUCUCAAAAAUUUACUUUCAAUUAUGUAUGUAUUUCUUUUCUCUUUGUAAAUAGCAUCUUAAUUGCCAUAUUUUAAUAGUCAUAAUUUCGACGUUAUAAUGUAUGAUUAUAGCAAUACAUGUAAUUAGGUCAUGCAAAAUGCAAAUAGAUAAUAAUCAAUAACUCUGAGGGCCGGGCAAAUUGGAAGGCAGAAAACUUAUUGGAGAAGCUCGCAAUUUCCAUCUACAGAAAUCCCUCAACCACUAUAGUUUGCACAACUUUCUUCUUUAUUGCAGGGUGAAUCUGAGGUUGGCAAGAUGGGGAGACGUUUAGCAACAGAAUUCCAAAAGAUCAUUCACAAAUAUUCCGAACAUGAAGAGAGCCUUGAACCAGCAGCUAAGAAGAGAAGAGAUGAAAAUAUUUAAAUAUUUAUUAAGCCUGCUUUCCGUUUGGACUUGACAGUCGCAACCUCAAUUAUUACUAUGCACUCUAUAAAAACACUCCAGUUGAAAAGUUUCUGUGAAACCUAGAAAUAUCCUUAUUUGGGAUUAACUUAAUAUUCCUGGUUACAUUUCAUGGUUAUUUUUCCAACCAUAAUCUGGUUAAUCUAACCAGGGAUCUGGCAAGCAAAUGUAACAUGAUCAAACUAACCAGACUAUAAUUGGGAAAAGGUUAAAAUAAGCAGGACAUUUAAUCAGGAAUAUCAAGUUAGCCAGACACAGUACUAAAAUGCGAUGCCCUACAAAUAAAACAUUACGGCGUUACCGCCUUCAAGUGAAUGUUAUAUUUAGUACUUUACAUUCCUUCUGUCGGCCGGCAGUUGUUUCGUACGCAAGCGUUAAAACUUCUCUUUAAGAUCUUCAAAAUAAAAUAUCGGUUCAAAAUACGAUCAAAAUAAAGAGAAAAGUGGGAGGAAUCCACUUUUACACAUCAACACACGUGAUGCAAACGAAACGAAUGAUGGGAAGGAAAGCGAAAUAAGCAUCGAGAACAGCAAACCAAGG